AUGUCCAUUCUUGACAAAAUGUCUACGGCAGAUUUGAUGGAGAAUCUCAGGGAAGAACUCACCUGCUUCAUCUGCUUGGACUAUUUCAGCAGCCCAGUGACCACUGAGUGUGGACAUAGCUUUUGCCUGAGGUGUCUCCUUAAGAGCUGGGAGGAACAAAACACACUUUUAUCUUGUCCUGAGUGUUGGAGGACUUUGGGGGGCCCUCAUUUCCAGCCCAAUGAGCGACUGGGGAGACUGGCUAGCAUCGGCAGGCAGCUCAGAUCCCAGGUGCUGCAGAAUGAGGAGGAACCAGGCACCUGUGGGAGACUAUCCUCCACUAGAGUGUUCUCUGAUGAUGAGCAGAGUGUAAAUGUUUUUGCAAGCCAGAGUCAUGGAAUAAACAGAGUGUAUCUCUCGAGUGAGGCUGAGGAGCAACACAGAGAGAAACUCCAGGAGAUCCUAAGUCUUCUGCGUAAAAAGAGGAAGGAAUCUCAGGCUAUACUGACCCACGAGAGGGAGAGAGUGAUAUUGUGUAAGGAAGAGACAAAAACUUGUAAACAGGUUGUUGUGUCAGAAUAUAUGAAAAUGCACCAGUUCCUGAAGGAGGAGGAACAGCUCCAGCUCCAGCUACUAGAAAAGGAGGAAAGAGAGAACAUGAAGAAACUGAGGGACAACGAGAUCCAGCUCACCCAGCAAAUCAGAAGCUUAAGCAAAAUGAUUGGACAGAUAGAGUCUACAUGUCAGAACUCAGCUUUUGAAUCUUUUGAGGAAAUAAGAGGAGCCCUGGAAAGGAGCGAGUCACUCCUGCUUCAGUGUCCAGAGGCCACUGCCACAGAACUGAGUCUGUGCCACAUCACUGGAAUGAGGGAGAUGCUAAGAAAAUUCAGCACAGAGAUAACUCUGGACCCAGCAACUGCCAAUGCCUAUCUAGUCUUGUCUGAGGAUCUGAAAAGUGUGAGAUAUGGAGGAAUCAGACAGCAGUUACCUGACAACCCAGAAAGAUUUGACCAGUCUGCGACGGUGCUGGGAGCUCAGUUCUUCACCCACGGAAGACACUAUUGGGAGGUGGAAGUGGGAAACAAGACCGAGUGGGAGGUGGGCAUCUGCAAGGACUCCAUGAACAGAAAGGGAAACCUGCCAAAGCCCCCUGGGGACCUCUUUUCACUUAUAGGUUUAAAAAUUGGAGAGGAUUAUAGUCUCUGGGUCUCAUCACCUUUGAAAGGGCAACAUGUCCAAGAGCCUGUGAAUAAGGUUGGUGUUUUCUUAGACUAUGAAUCUGGACACAUAGCAUUCUACAAUGUGACAGACGAGUCCCUCAUCUACAGCUUCCCUCCAGCCUCUUUCCAAGAAGCUCUCAGGCCUAUCUUUUCCCCUUGCCUCCCAAAUGAAGGGACAAACACAGACCCUCUUAUCAUCUGCUCACUGAAGAGCCACAUCUGA